CCAGCUUCAGCAGAUUCCAAUCACAAAUCAACCGGGGAAACUUACGUUUGCCGGCCCUCCGUGUGCGUUUACCAUCCUCAUUCGUCUUCAGUCAGGGCCCGACGAACCCAAGCACCCACUCAGCGACGGCCACCACUGCGGCUUUGAUUACGAUUCGACCGCGUUGAUGGUCGAUUCGCUGGGUCGACGUGGGGUGCACACCCCAAGGAAGCAGAUACUCACCUUUCCCAGCCGAAACCCGGGCUG